AUGUCUGAAGUACAGGGGACAGUGGAGUUUUCUGUAGAGCUCCACAAAUUUCACAAUGUGGAUCUCUUUCAGAGAGGGUUCUACCAGGUGCGAGCAGGGUUGAAAGCCUCACCUCGCGUGCCACACAGACUGAUAGCCACGACACAGGGGAGCGCAGGGGAAUGCAGCUUCACCUCCGCGGGGGUAUACGAAGGCACGGUGUUCAGCCGGAUCUUUCAGAUCCUUUACAGGAAUGAGGAGAUUGCUGUGAACGACUGCAUGAACUUCAGAGUCCACCUGCUGCUGGAUGGAGACAGGGUGGAGGAAGCCUUGAGUGAGGUGGACUUUCAGCUGAAGCUGGACCUUCAUUUCACUGACAAUGAGCAACAGCUGGCAGACAUAGUCACCGUGCCGCUGAUCAGCAGUCGGACCCUGGGUCUCCACUUCCACCCUCGAAGAGGCCUCCACCACCACGUUCCCGUCAUGUUUGACUACUUCCAUCUUUCUGUCAUUUCCGUCUCGAUACAUGCCUCACUGAUUGCCUUACACCAGCCGCUAAUCAGCUUUGCACGCUCUGGGAAGGGCUUGUGGCUGGGGAAGGGCUCCCCAGAGGGCAGCAGUGACCCGUCUGCCAUGUCCGUGGAGAACCUCAUGUUCGGAGCGGGCUAUUGCAAACCUGUCAUCUCUGAGGGGAGCUUUUAUGUGCCAAGCGAGAACUGCCUGCAGAGAGCACAUACGUGGCACCGGAGGCUCUGUCGCCUCCUGCUGGUGGCACAUAGAGGCCUGCGCACCUACUACACCGCAAUGAUGAAGGAGAUUCCCCAGCUCCAGCAGACGUCAGUGGACUUAGAAGAGCUGCCUGUAGAAGAAACUCUGAAUCAACUCACAAUAGAGUUACAGCUGCAGGAAGGCCACGAGAAGGUUGCAGAGCAGAUCAGCAGAGACGUGACUCAGCUCUGCUCCCAGCUGACCGCUCUGUGGAGCUUCUUUUUGGCCUCUGCCGUGCUCAACCCUCACAUCCUGUCCUAUCUGGCCCAGGAGCACCACACACUCCGGGUCAGGAGAUUUUCAGAGGCGUACUUCUUCACCGAGCACCCAAAAGAGAUGUCAAUGACCUUCCAAGAGGACCUAAUCAACAAACAUGGGCAGAUCGCUGCAGAGGUGCGGAGCUCAGACUAUUUGACCAAAAUGCCUCCUUUACCUGUCGAGUGCCUGGACAUUGACGGAGACUGCAACAGUCUGCCCAUCAUCUUCGAGGACAGAUAUGUAGUGUCUCCAAAAACAGAUUGGGUAUCACAUGUGCCAACGCUUGCAGCUACCAAUGAGCGGACCAGCUCGGACUCUUUCAUCAUCUCUGCCUGUCAGGGUCCUGAAAGUGUCCAGGACAACGACUCACCAGCAAAACCCCAGGACACCCCAGACAGCAAGGACUGCAUGGACCUGCCCGCAUAUGUCUCCCCUGUAGGAGAGCAAGGCAGGAGCUGCACCAGCAACAGAGGUACCGAGAGCCUGGAGCCUUCUCAGACGGAGCUAGUAGCGGAGGAGGAACCUGAGGAACAAGCCCAGCUUGGAGAAUCCUUUACUUCAGGCCCCAGGUAUAUCACAGUCAGGCCAUCAGACGUUGACCCAUACAGAGGAGAGGCAGUCGUGGUUCUUCCCCCAAACCACCAUCCUCUUACUGACUCAAACACGCCUAACAGCACUGACGCCUCCCCUCUUCACCGUGGAAAAGGAGAUACCACAGAACUUUGUGACGCUGUUGAGGUUCUCAGACACAACAAUACCGGGAGUAAUGAAUGCAACGACGAAGAGUCUGAUAUUGCCAUGCCUUUAACUCACUCCAUGGAUGACGAGAGCGAGGAUGCACCUCCUUGCAGCCUGCCCAUUGCCCAUGCCCAUCCUGUCACUGCUCCUUUUUCCGGGGAUCUCAGAAAAGAGCUUACUCAUCGUGGGGGGCUGGUUUGCCCCAAGAUCAUGAAACGCUCCUCUUCUGUCAUCUCAGACUCUGGCAUCGAGAGUGAGCCGAGCUCCGUGACAUGGCCGGUGGAGGCUGUGCUGCGAGGGCACCCUCCGAGAGACUUCUCUAGUGAGCAUGAAAUCCCGCAGCGAAUGGUGCGUCGCCAUCCGGUCCACCGCAGCUUUCUGGAGGGCCUGCAGAUGGAGAGCCAUGGUAGCCUACCCAGCGGAGGCAUCCAGGCAUCGCUCACCUCCAUCAGCUCCCUGCCAUAUGAGGAAGACCAGCAGCAGCAGAAGCUCAGCAAAUUGACCAAGUCAGUCUCUGCACCCCAGAUCAGCAGCCCAGAAGAGCCUGAGCAGGGCCAGGAGGUUCUGAACCAGCAGCUGAAAACAGAGAGCUUAUUACAACAGCAGGGGGCUUCUGGGACCACCGGCUCCUCUUUGGAGAGAAUCCAGGAAGGGAAGCAGUCGGACGCGGCCCCAUCAGGUGAGGGUUCAGCUGCAGAGUGCAGCUGCAUUCUCAAAAGCACUGUCAGCUCUGAUAACACAAGGCCUCCUGAGUGUCUCUCAGAAACACUCACUAUGAAGUCAGUUUUCAGUGGUGUCCCCAAAAGAUUGCUAUUAGAACAGUCUCUAGAAGGCCUGCAUGGUAACAGAAGCACUGUUUUCAGCAGCCAGGUGGAGAGUAAAAACUACCAAGGAGAGAACAGCAAAGUUGUGGAAUCAGCGGAUGUGCAUCUCUUUGAAGUCGAGAGUAAUCAGGUUGUGGACGAGUGCCAAAAUUUCCAUCAGAUCCCGCUGCUCGACCUUGAGAGCAAGGAGUGUCUGGAUCGCUCCCAAACACCUCCCCAGCCUGAGCACAUCUCUAAAAAUACCAACACUACACAGAGGCCUAGUGACCUCACAGGGCUCGUAACCAAUGAAGUUGUGUCGCCUGCUGACCUCAACGGGCUCCCGACCAAUCACAGGGAGCCACCUGUGAACUGUCAGAAUAAGCCGUCCAAAAUCCCCAACUCGGGCCUGGCUUUUAUGAAUAAGAAGGUGGUGGAGGUGGUGAACAUGUCGGUCUCCUGUGCCCCCACCUGCCUGCCCUUCUCCUCUGUUCUGAGAGACUCCCCCUCCGUCAGCGGCAUCUCCGCCCGCCAGGCUGUUUCACCCAUUACCCAUCAGCCCUUAGGCUCUUUCGGAAUUAUCUCCUCCUCAUCACUCAGUGUCAUGAGCACGGACGAUGAGGCCAAUGAGCGCAUGCUGAAUUUCUACAAGGCCAAAGAGGAGCUGAUGAAGGAGUUGAGCUUUCAGGCCAGCUUGUACAGCGACCUUCCUCUCCUGGCAUCAGAUGUGCCCUAUUUCCCCCCUGAGGAGGAGGAUGAGGAGUUUGAUGACGGUAUCCACCUUGUGGUCUGUGUCCACGGUCUUGAUGGGAAUAGUGCGGACCUUCGGCUGGUGAAGACCUUCAUUGAACUGGGGCUGCCCGGAUCCAGACUUGACUUCCUCAUGUCUGAAAGGAAUCAGACGGACACCUUUGCUGAUUUCGACUCCAUGACGGACAGGCUGCUGGACGAGAUUAUCCAGCACAUCCAGCUGUAUAAUCUCACCAUAGGCAGGAUAAGCUUCAUUGGACACUCCUUGGGGAACAUCAUCAUCCGCUCGGUGCUGACGCGGCCCCGCUUCCGCUGCUACCUGCCCAAGCUGCACACCUUCCUGUCGCUGUCGGGCCCCCACCUGGGAACGCUGUACAACAACAGCACGCUGGUCAGCACAGGACUGUGGCUGAUGCAGAAGCUGAAGAAGUCAGGGUCGCUGCUGCAGCUCACCUUCAGAGACCACGCUGACCCACGGAAAACAUUUUUAUACCUCCUGAGUCAGAAACCAGGCCUGCAGUUCUUUAAGAACGUGGUGUUGGUGGCGUCUCCGCAGGACCGUUACGUCCCGUUCCACUCGGCCAGAAUCGAGAUGUGCAAGACGGCGCUGAAAGACAGGACCACAGGCACCGUGUACACAGAGAUGAUAAACAACCUGCUGCAGCCGCUGGCGGAGGCGAAGGAGUGCCGCCUGAUCCGUCAGAAUGUAUUCCACGCCCUGCCCAACACGGCCAACACCCUGAUCGGCCGCGCUGCCCACAUCGCCGUCCUGGACUCCGAGCUCUUCCUGGAGAAGUUCUUCCUCGUGGCUGGGCUCGACUACUUCAAAUAA